UAAUCUGGUAUACAUAAUGUAUCAUACUUGUACCGAUUGAUAUUUUACAUGAUGUUUUUAAAUGAGGGAUUUCUAUGGCAAUAUCAAAAAAAAUACAAAAUGACUUCUCUCGACGUACAGGAUAAGAAACAAAAACAUCUUGCUUGGCGUUUAAUCGGACCUUUAAGUGUUAACUUUCUUAUUUAUCUUGCCGGAACUAUUCAAGUAUACGCUUGCAAUGAAUGGAUACAAAAUCGAGUAAAGGUGACGAUAUUUGGAAAUGAAACAAUAGAAACCAAUUCAGCGGCUUGUUCUAAUCACUCUGACCCAGCUUAUUCCAAACUGACGCAUGUGCAACAAGAAACAUCAAAAUGGCAAAUGUAUAAUGCAAUCGCAUUGAAAGCUGCCUCCUUUCCAGCUUACAUCUUGGUAUUAUAUACAGAUGUAUUUGGACGCCGCUUUCUUUUUAUUUUAUCUAGUUUUGGCAAUGCACUGUACUUUUUCUUGUCUGGGUUUAUCAUGCGUUUCGAAUUAAAUUUCACAUAUCUGAUACUUGCAAACGUGUUGUAUGGACUUACAGGUGUUGGAUUGUAUGCAGCCUCUUACUCAUAUGUCGCAGACGUCACUUCUCCUGGGAAGGAACGCUCGUUUUCUGUAUUCUUGUUAGAUACGUCACUUCCGGUUGCGGGUGUAGUUGGGGCUUUUGUGUCUGGUUAUUUUAUAGAAGCUAGUGGUUUUAUAUACCCAACAUUUACAGCCACUGGCAUAGCUGUGAUAGGAACUUUCGUCGCCAUAUUUGGCAUUCCAGAAUCUCUCGAGAAAAAAGACAGAAUUCGCAAUCCAAAAAUAUUCGAAUCUUUUAUUCGACCUUUCUCCUUUUAUUUUAGUAAACGUUUUAAUGGUUCUAGACUAUUAUUCAUAAUGCUUUUCUUCGCAUAUAUUUUUGCUGAUAUAUCCGUUGUCCAUCGUAAAACAAUGGAAGCACUUUAUCAGCUUGGUAUGCCAUUUUGCUGGAGUCCGUCAAAGAUUGGCUUAUUUGCGACAUUUCUAGGUCUGGGAGCAAAUGUGUUUGGUGUGGCAUUCUUGAAAACUUUCCAGCGAUAUAUGUCAGACAUUACCAUCGCCAUAAUAAGUACAUGUGUCACAGCAGGUUCCUUUGUCUUGGAAGCACUUGCGUCAACAGAUACUAUGCUAUAUCUUGUGGCCGUUCCGGCUUGCAUGUCAUAUCUAAUGUCUCCGCUGAUUCGGGGUACGAUGUCCACGAUGACGCCAAAACAACACCAAGGUGCUCUUUCUGCUGGACUUCUUGUUGUUCAGACAGUGUGUAGCUUCGUUGGGAGUGUAACCGAUAACAGUAUAUAUUCAGUCUCGUUGUCUUUCUUAAAUGGAUUUAUUUUUCUUGUCUUCGCUGGAUACUGCAUACUUGCAAUGUUGUUUCUUGCGACGUUCACUUUAAUAAAAAGGAAGCGGAAUUUCAGGAUAGUUUACGAAGAAUUCGAAGAAGAAAAGAUUCAAAAUCCGUAACAGUCUGUAGUGUUACAUUGUUAUCAUGUGACAGCAGAGCCUUCAUCGUUG